UUUACAUACUCUACCACAGACAUCCCACAAAGGACAAGCAGGUAAUGUGUUUUCAGGAUGCAAGCGUCUUGGCCUCCACUGAAACAGGCCCUUUAUUGCUUUUGGUCCACUGCUGCAGACCUUUAUACAGAAAACAUCAGGCAGGGCUGGAGAGACCGAUCCAUCCUCUUUAUCACCUGCCUCGCCUUUAGUCUGGUUCUGAGCUCCACCCUCCUCUUCUACCUGUUCUACAUCCUGCAGUGCAACCUGCCGGUAGCCAUUGGGAUAUCUGGCUCCUGCUGGAUAGUAGUGGGGGCCUCCCUGUUCCUCUAUAAGGUGCUGCGCUGCUACACGGUUCUGUUUGUGCUCUCCUGUGGGAUGAGGCAGGGCAGGAACCUGCUCAUCGCUGCCGGGACCAGUCUGGUGUUCCUCAAGAAUGUCCAGAACACACUGGAGAACGUCACAGGGCUCACUAACAGUAUGGUGUGCAACUUGAAGGCCAAGACGUUGUCCCUCAAUACCACACCCCUUAGCAACUACGUCAGGAUGCUGAAAUGGGUUGGUAGGGUCCUCGGAGAGUUCACAGACUUCGGGUUGGUGGAGUUGAAGUCUGAUCUGGAAGUCACAUCCGGAGCGGACUCCGAGGCGUUGAGGGUGAAGCUGGCUGGAGCAGCCGGGACCCUGAAUGGAACUGCGGAGAGCAUGCGGGUCACGGUGGCCAUGCUGUCCUCCAUGGGUCAGAAACUGUUCCCAGCCCUCAGCGUUGUCCUACUAAUGGGUUUGACAGUGGUACAUUUGAAGAGAUACCGUUUCAACAAGAAGUAUGAAAAUAGAUACAUAACCAGGACAUUCAUUCGUUUUGAUGAGAAGCAGAAGGCAGAAGGAAGGCCUCAUGUGCUCCCCCUCACACCGAAGGAGGCGAGGCGUUACAUUACGAUCCAUUCCACACGAUUCACUGCUUCGGGAUGGAAAGACAUACUAAAGUUCAGUGUCCCAGUGAUCACUCACAGUCUGGCCUGGGUGUUUUUCAUAGGUGUCGAUGUACUCACAUUUAGGUUUGUUGAGGUCAUCAGAACCCAACUGCAGCAGCUAGAGCCAUUUAAUGUAUCUUUAAUUAUGAACAUGAAUGAUGACAUGACUCUUAUUGGUGUACCCAUUUCAAAAGACAUACAAAGGAGGGAUUUCUCCUACAAGGUGUCCCUGUUUGAGAAGAAGUGCCUUCCGAACCCUAGACUACUGCUCUGGGAUUCCAUCCUUCCUCUGGUUGGGAUAUUAACUCCUCUUCUCAUCAUGGCCCUGAUGUCUGCCAAGCUCACACAGAUCAGGCUCAUGGUAUGCCAGCAGUUUUUCUCCACUAAUGCUGAUGAGAGGGCGGAGUAUCUGCAUGCUAAGAUCCUAAGGAAGAGAUCAAGAAGGGAAAGAAAGGGGAAGGCUGAGGAAAGCAGUCUGAGAUCCCUUAUUAGAAAGACAGAUUUCUGGUUUCCAAUAAUUUGCAGACCACAGGAGGAUAAUUCCUUACAGCAAACAAGACUCAGCUGCUACAGGAAUAAAUGAAAACAACGGCUUUUCUGUAGUAAAUGCCAAUACAUGAUAUUUCAUAACAACUCUUAUUCCAGACAUAAUUACUAAUUGAGAUUGAACAUACUGUAUGUCGAUUAAGUAGUAAAUUGACAUAACUAUAUUGAUAGAGGUAAAAUUGUGGUUACCAACAUUUUCAAGAAACUGUUUGAAUCAAGAUCAUUUGAGAUAAUGGCUGAUUCUUUAAGUGCUGUGAUAUAUGCUGUCCCUUUAUUUUGCACAAUGUCAAAAACACUUAGAAUUAAGAAAACAUGACAAAUAAUAUAUUUUGUUUUAUCUAAUUAAAAGCCUCAUUAGAACUUUAUAAUUCUUUUUUUAAAAGAAACACAAUGUGAUUCUAAUGAAUCACAUUGUGUUUAUUUAUAAGAAAUUACUCCAAACUAUAUUCACAAUCAUUGAUUACCCUGAAUUUCUUUGAAGAAGGGUGUAAUUGCUGACCACUGGCAGGCAUCAAUAGACUGACCAAUGGCAGGGAUCAAUGGACUGACCAAUGGCAGGAAUCAAUGAACAGACCAAUGGCAGGCAUCAAUGGACUGACCAAUGGUAAACAUCAACUGCCCACAUCAAAAUGCACCCCGUAUCACACUGCAUUGUAGAAAUGCUGUUCCUAGAGCUUUUAUAUUGAGUAUUAUCUCAGGGGUUUUAGGAAAUACUUUGAUAAUUAUUUUUACAGACAGUGGCCUACCGGGCUGAUGAGCUAGAGCCAAGUUAUACGUCUAUUUUAAUCUGACAUACAGUAUAGGUUCCAUUUUACCUAUAAUUUCCUAAAUAAGAAGUUGUGUUGUUUCAACUUUAUAGUUGGAAAUAUCAUAAUUUCCAACUGCGGUGUCCCUUUAAUAUGAAAACGUGUAAGACCUUUAUACUGCAAUACAUCUAUUCUAAACAAUGAACAAAAGUAUGGAAUGUAUUAUUUAUCACUAAAAACAAAGGCUAUUAAAAAGC